AUGCCUUCAUCAACGACCGUCAAACACGUGUGUGUGACAUGUAAAAAGAACAUCUGUACAGCCAUAUGUUUAGGAUGCAAUCGAGCUUUUUGUACUCGAGAUUUUAUUGCUCAUCGAGAAGAAUUAAGACAAAAUAUGAAUGGAAUUAUUUAUGAACGUGAUGAAUUUUAUCAAAGUAUAAUUGAUGAAACGGAAGGAACUAUGCAAUGCUCAUCUAUGAAAGAAAUUAACGAAUGGAAACAAAAAUCAAUAAACAAAAUUCAACAAAUAGUAGAAAAUAAUCUACAAAAACUUUAUUUUCAAACAGUAGUACAAAAGUUAACAGAAGAAUUAAGGAAAGCUGGUAAUGAAGAUAGUUUUAUUGAAAUUGAUAUAACACGAUGGUUAAAUACAAUCAAUAAUCUUAAGACUUCUCGAAAUAAUAAUUUGUCACGUUCAUUCAACGAUAAUGACAAAGAUUUAAUUGAUUUUACUUCUGAUAUUAAAAAUCAAACAAAUAAGCAACGAAUAAAGUUUGGAUACGUAGGAGAAGAAUGUGAACAGAUAUUUAAUUUUACACCUGAUUAUGAUCAUUCUCAUCUUCGUAUUAUUGAAUUAAGAAAGACUACUGAAUGCCUUGGAUUUCACAUAAGAGGGGGACGAGAUGAAAAAUCUCCUAUAUAUAUUUCACGCAUUAUUCCAAAUAGUGUUGCAUGGGCACAUGGUGGAUUAAAAAAAGGUGAUAAAUUAUUAUUUGUUAAUGAUAAAUCUCUUAACAAUUUAUGUCGCGACGAAGCUAUUCAGUUGCUUAAACAAAUACAAGAAAGUGUGAUAUUACUUGUACAGCCUUCAUAA